AUGCCAGCACAAAAGAUUGACGGCAAUCAGAUUGCCAAAUCUGUCAGGGAGCGCAUCCAUGCAGAGAUUCAAGAGACAAAGGCAAAGAACCCAAAGUUCGCACCUUCCCUCGCCAUCAUUCAGGUUGGCGAGCGCAGUGACUCGACUUCCUAUGUCAACAUGAAGUCCAAGGCUGCCCAGGAGGCUAGCAUUGAGUUCCAGCACAUCAAACUCGCUGAGGACAUCACUGAGGCUGCUCUCCUGAGCAAGAUCAAUGAGCUCAACAACGACGAAUCCGUGCACGGCAUCCUCGUUCAGCUCCCCAUCCCAGGUCACCUCUCAGAACACACCAUCACCGGUGCAGUUGCACCAGCUAAGGAUGUCGAUGGUUUCGGUACUGCCAACAUUGGUGAGCUUGCAAAGAAGGGCGGCAAGCCUUCAUUCAUCCCUUGCACACCCAAGGGUGUCAUGGUGCUCCUCCAGGAAUCUGGCGUUGAUUUGAAGGGCAAGCACGCUGUUGUGCUCGGUCGUUCUGAUAUUGUCGGUGCACCCGUCUCGUACCUCUUGCGCAAUGCUGAUGCAACCGUCACUGUUUGCCACUCAAAGACCAACAACCUCGAGCAAAUUGUCAAGACGGCUGACAUCGUUGUGGCUGCUAUUGGUAAGCCAGAGUUCGUCAAGGGAUCUUGGCUCAAGGAGGGCGCCUUUGUUGUUGAUGUCGGUGUCAACUUUGUUGAAGAUGCAUCAAAGAAGUCUGGUCACAAGCUUGUUGGUGAUGUCGAGUAUUCUUCCGCUGUUGAGGUGGCUUCACACAUCACGCCUGUGCCUGGCGGUGUGGGUCCCAUGACUGUGGGUAUGCUCAUGCAGAACGUAUUCGAGGCUGCCAAGACUGCCUUUGUUACGGGUGGUAAGCAAUUCACACCAUUGCCCUUGUCGCCUUUGAAGGAUGUUCCCUCCGACAUUGAGAUUGCUCGCGCACAGACUCCCAAGAACAUUGCAAAGCUUGCUGGUGAGCUUGGUAUUAAGGAGACUGAGCUCGAGAUGUACGGUCCAUACAAGGCCAAAGUAUCCCUCAACAUUAUUGAUCGCUACCAGCACAAGAAGGACGGCAAGUAUGUCGUUGUGACAGGUAUCACACCCACACCUCUCGGCGAGGGCAAAUCGACCACGGUCAUGGGUCUCGUGCAGGCACUUGGCGCUCACCUCGGCAAGACCGCUUUCGCCUGUUGUCGUCAGCCCUCGCAGGGCCCGACCUUCGGCAUCAAGGGUGGUGCCGCUGGUGGUGGUUACUCUCAGGUCAUUCCUAUGGACGAAUUCAACUUGCACUUGACGGGUGAUAUUCACGCCAUCACUGCCGCUACCAACUUGCUUGCUGCUGCCAUUGACACACGCAUCUUCCAUGAAAACACACAAAAGGACAAGGCCCUCUUCAGCCGUAUGGUGCCUGCCAAGAAGGGUGUCAAGAAAUUUGCACCCGUCAUGUUGCGUCGUCUCAAGAAGCUCGGCAUUGACAAGACCAACCCAGAUGACUUGACGGAUGAGGAAAUCAGCAAAUUCGCACGUCUUGAUAUCGACCCCGCUACCAUCACCUGGAACCGUGUGCUCGAUGUCAAUGACCGAUUCUUGCGUAAAAUCACGGUUGGACAAAACCCAACAGAAAAGGGCAUGACCCGUGAAACUGGCUUUGACAUUUCCGUUGCUUCUGAGGCGAUGUCGGUGUUGACCCUUUCUACGGAUCUUGCUGAUAUGCGCGAACGACUUGGUCGUAUGGUGGUUGCUAGCUCGCGCUCUGGUGACCCCGUCACUGCUGAUGAUAUUGGUAUUGGUGGUGCCUUGACUGUGUUGAUGAAGGAUACCAUCAAGCCCAACAUGAUGCAGACACUCGAAGGCACACCCGUCUUUGUCCACGCUGGGCCCUUUGCCAACAUUUCGAUCGGUCAGUCAUCCAUCAUUGCUGACCGCAUUGCUCUGAAGCUCGCUGGUACUGGCUCUGACCAGGAAGAAGCCGGUUAUGUUGUGACGGAAGCUGGUUUCGGUGCUGAUAUUGGUAUGGAGAAGUUCUUCAACAUCAAGUGUCGUGCUUCGGGACUCAAGCCUGAUGCUGUUGUUCUUGUUGCAACAGUGCAAGCACUCAAGAUGCACGGUGGUGGUCCUGACGUGACUCCCGGUAAGCCUUUGGAUGCCGUUUACAAGACUGAAGCAGUGGAUCUCGUUGUGAAGGGUUGUAGCAACUUGAAGCAACACAUUGAGAAUGCAGGCAAGUACGGCGUGCCUGUUGUUGUUGCCAUCAACCAAUUCGCUUCAGACACGCCUGCUGAGUUGGAGGCGAUUCGUAAGGCUGCGUUGGAGGCUGGUGCACUGGAUGCUGUGCCCUCUUACCACUGGGCUCACGGUGGUGCUGGUGCCAAGGAACUCGGUGAGGCUGUCAUUAAGGCUUGCGAGCAACCUUCCAACUUCAAGUUCUUGUACGAUGCCGAACUCACCAUUCCGGAAAAGAUUGAAGCGAUUUGCAAGGAGAUGUACCGUGCCGAUGGCAUUGAAAUUUCUGAGCUUGCCCAGCAGCGUAUCGACACCAUGACGCGUCAAGGUUUCGGCAACUUGCCAGUGUGUAUUGCCAAGACGCAAUACUCCUUCUCUGCUGAUCCAAGCAAGAAGGGCGCACCUACUGGAUUCACGGUACCCAUCAGGGAUAUUCGAUUGUCUGCUGGUGCUGGCUUUGUCUACCCACUUGCUGCUGAGAUUCAGACAGUUCCUGGAUUGCCUACUCGACCGGCAUACUAUGAUAUUGACAUCAACCAGGAGACUGGCCAAGUCGAAGGUCUCUUCUAG